AUGGCGGCGUCUCUCGCCUGCUCCUUCUUCUUCGACGCGGAGCCACUCGUCGAGCCCGGCAUGCCCGCGCAGGACGCCUGCGCGCUCUGCACCAAGCAGCUCGCACGCGACAGCGACGUGUUCAUGUACAGAGGGGACACGCCCUUCUGCAGCGAAGACUGCCGCGACCACCAGAUGCGCCUCGACGCCAGGCAGGCGGCCAAGUCCGCCGCCCGGAGGCAGAAGCAGUUCUCGUCGUCGGCAACGGCGUCCGGGCGCGGGCACCGGGAGUCCAGGGAGGUGCCCGUCGCCAGCUAGCCGGCGAGAGUGCCAAGCUGCGUACAUAAUCUGCGUGGGCUCAGCCCGCAGCGCGGCGUGCUCCAAGUGCCGGCGCCCGUGUCUAAUGGUGAAGCCGUGAAAGCAGAGCAUGAGCUUCUUUCCCGGGUUCAGCCAUCUGCGCCUAGUCCCCAGCUUUUGAUUACAUCCUCUUGGUCUUGGCCUCUUGGGUAGCGUAUGAGCACUCCGGCUGUGUAAUUAUUCGAGGCAAUGGUACAAAGUGCUAUGCAGUUGCCAAUUUUUGAGCGAUAUUAAGAUCUUGUUUACUCC